GAAAGGUUUGAACUUUUUCUUCAAGUUGGAUGCAGUGAGGAGUUACUUGGCAUCAUUGCUGCCACCACACCUACACUAAUGAUGCUGAGUUCAGGAUCCAAAGAGGCCAGAAAGGGAGGAAGAGUCUCAGGGGUCCCUCCAGUACUGGUUAAAGAGGUCCAGUCUAGCUGCGUUCAGCUCCCUAGGGCCUCCCCUGUCAGUCUCCUGGGGCGAGAGCUGGCUUUGCAAGGUAAGGAUCCUCUGUCAGCUUGGAUUUCGGGUGGCGAGAAUGACUUUCAACCAGGCUCAGUUUCUAGGCUUCACCUUGGGUUUUCGGUGCCCCCCUCUUCUUCCUUAUUAACCCCUCGCUCGCUCCUACAGAGACCCAGACUGCUGUAGGAUGGUGUGCUCAACAGUAAACCUACAGCUUGUCUCCCGAGUGUAAUCCUGCAGGUUGUGGUGAGGGUGGAGCUACACGGGGUAAGAACGCUCUCCCCCACUACGCCUGCGGGUCCUGCUAGCUGCGCGGCUGGGACUGGAUAAGAGGAAGUCCCAGGGACCUGGAGGGAGCCCUCAGAUCAGCUCUGGGCUGGAAGAGCCCGGAAGAAACCGGUAGGGGAGGAGGGGGUCCACAGAAGGACUGAGAGCCCUGCACCAGGACCGGAGGUGUCUCCCGGGGCAUCUCAGCUCCAGUCCCGGGCCGGGCCGCCUUGGCGGACAGGAAAGGGCUGCGGAGUCCGGCUUGGAAGCAGUGGUGUCCGGGAGGGACUCUUGCGUGUGUUCAGGAGAUGGGUGGCACAUCUGAGGCUUCCCCGGCCCUCUCCAAGACCCCGCGUCUUUAGGGGUCUGGGAGGCCAGAGGGGGGAAGCUGGGGGCAGUGAGUCUCCGCUCUUGCCACGCCCGCACGGUCCAUAUUCGAAUCCCUUGCGGAGUUCCCUGGUGCCGGGGCUGAGCCAGGUCCUCCGGGCUCCUCCGGGAUACGGAAGCGCGGGCGCCCGGGGGCGGCGGGGGGCUGGGGCAGCUGGGUGGCCGAGGCGCCCGCGGACGCUUCCGCCGAGGCGGGCAAGAGGGGAGCCUUGGCCGGGAGACCGAGCGGUCCGACGGGGGACCCAGGGCGCCGGGGCGGGGCUGCAUACUGGGCCCGUUAGCUCAGCCGUCCCGGAGUCUGACUCAUCGAACCGGUCACACACAAAGCCAACCUCCCCACCACGUCAGGCAUCCCACGCGCAGACACACUCGGCGCCCCACCCGGCAUCACCCACGCACCCUUCCCACCGCACACGCCACGCGGACAGCUGCGUCUCCGCCGUGACAAGUGUGGGACCCAGCGUACACCUAGGACUCCACACACACGCCAAGCACCCGCAGCCCUCCCAGGAAGCCCACAUUCACACCUGCGGCCCCUAGCGCUCACGCCCUUCCCCGGGCCCACGCACCCCGACACACGCGGCCCCGCCGUUCACACACACCCAUCACGCACUCAGUCCUCACACAGGCCGACUGUUACACACUCACCCCCCCCCACACACACACAAAUGCUGCACACGCGGCCCCCCUCCCGCCGCCGCCCGCGGGGAGCCGGCGGUGUCUGGGGGCCGCCCCUUUCGCCCGCCGGGCAAACAAGCGGCCCCUUCUCCCCGCCCGGCCAAAGAAAGGCCGCUUGUCCAGCGUCAGCGGCGGGCGGGGCGGCCCGGCAGGCGGCCCAACACUGCGGCCUUGUCCCACCUGGCGGCCCUGGGGAGGGCGGCGAGGGGCAGCAGGGAGCCCUCCGUGCGGAAACCCAACUCAGUCCCCCGGCCUCGGAGAGCCGCCCUUUUCCGGCACCCCACCUCCACCCCGCACACAAGUAAAAUCACACCCCCGAACUACACUCUCGCCUUGUCCCGCCGCCUCCUCCAGCCCCGGCUGCCCGCCUACGGUCUCUCCCCACUCCUGGGUCCCCCGGCCUGCCCUCCGGCCCCCUCUUUUACUCCAGGGCCCCGCCUCCCACCACACCCCCGGUCUCCCCCUCCACGGCCCUGGGUACCUUCGACUGCUCCCCCGGUCCGUCACCCCCUUUCCUUGAGGACUUCUCUGUCCCCAGUCUCCCCCAUCUCCUUCGUUCCCCAGUCCCUCUACCUUUCCGUCCCCGUCUCCCCCCACCUCUGCGUCCCCUGGACUCUAUCCGGUUUCCCACCUCCUUCCCCUCCUCCCCAUCCUCUGCCCUCAGUCUUCCCUCCCCAGCCCUCCUUUUCCCUCAUCCCUCAGUCUCCCUCUUUAUUUCCCUCCAAAUCCCUUCGUCUUCCCACCCGCCCCGUCCCUCCGCAGACCCCUCGUUUUCCUUCUCCCGAAGUUCCCUUCGUCCCUGGCUUUCCCCCACGCCCUCCCCCGCCCUCGCCCGGCUCCGGCGCCCCGCCCGCUGGGCUCCCAGCCUCAGUUUCCUUCCCUUCCCGGCUCCUUCCUCCGCCGGCGGCCCUUCCUCGAGGGCGGAUGUGCGCCGGACGGGCGAAGGCGGUGGCGGCGGGUCGAGAGGAUCCCAGCUCUAACCCCGGAGGCCUCGGGCCACAGCCAUGCGACGCCCAGGACGAGGCCUGGGCUGGCCGCCGGGGCCACAGGAGCUCUGGAGCCCCAGGACAAUGGACACGAUCAAUAGGAACCAAGUGGGCCCUGGAAGCAAGACCCCAGCUAUGGUGCAGAAAGGACCCUUGGACCUGAUCGAAACAGGCAAAGGGCUGAAAGUGCAAACGGACAAACCCCAUCUGGUGAGCCUGGGCAGUGGGCGGCUCAGCACGGCCAUCACUCUUCUGCCGCUGGAGGAAGGGAGGACAGUGAUUGGCUCUGCAGCCAGGGACAUCUCACUGCAGGGUCCAGGCCUGGCUCCAGAGCACUGCUACAUCGAGAACCUGCGGGGCACCCUCACCCUCUACCCCUGCGGCAAUGCCUGCACUAUUGAUGGGCUCCUGGUCCGGCAGCCCACCCGACUCACUCAGGGCUGCAUGUUGUGCCUGGGUCAGUCCACCUUCCUCCGCUUUAACCACCCGGCUGAAGCCAAGUGGAUGAAGAGCAUGAUUCCGGCAGGGGGCCGGGCCCCUGGACCCCCCUACAGUCCUGGCCCGGCAGAAUCACAAAGCUUGGUGAACGGGAACCACACCCCACAGCCUGCAACCCAGGGACCCUCAGCCUGUGGCAGCCACAGUUCCCUGGUGAGCUCUAUUGAGAAGGACCUGCAGGAGAUCAUGGACUCACUGGUGCUCGAGGAGCCUGGAGCUGCUGGCAAGAAGCCUGCCGCCACUUCCCCACUGUCACCGAUGGCCAAUGGUGGCCGCUACCUGCUGUCCCCCCCGACCAGCCCUGGCGCCAUGUCCGUGGGCUCCAGCUAUGAGAACACCUCUCCAGCCUUCUCUCCGCUCUCCUCACCAGCCAGCAGUGGGAGCUGUGCCAGCCACUCCCCCAGUGGGCAGGAGCCAGCCCCUUCCAUGCCCCCCCUGGUGCCUGCCCGGUCCUCUAGCUACCAUUUGGCCCUGCAGCCCUCACAGUCCCGACCCAGUGGUGCUCGCCCCUCUGAGAGCCCCCGGCUGGGCAGGAAGGGGGGUCACGAGAGGCCGCCCAGCCCUGGCCUCCGAGGUCUGCGGACAGACAGCCCUGCAGCCACUGUCUUGGCAGUGGCCUGCAGAGCCACCGAGAGCCCCCGGGCGGGGGGGCAGUUGCCCCUGGUGGCGAUUGGCCUGAGUGAAUACCAGGCUUCCGGUGCCCGUGGCCAACCCACCAGCAUUCCUGGCAGCCCCAAGUUCCAGCCACCAGUCCCUGCUCCUCGAAACAAGAUUGGCACGCUCCAGGACCGCCCUCCCAGCCCUUUCCGGGAGCUGCCGGGCACUGAGCGGGUGUUGACAACCAGCCCCUCACGCCAGCUGGUGGGCCGAACAUUUUCCGAUGGGUCCGCUACCCGCACCCUGCAACCUCCCGAGAGCCCCCGCCUAGGCCGGCGGGGCCUGGACAGUAUGAGAGAACUGCCUCCCUUGAGCCCAUCUCUGUCCCGAAGGGCUCUCUCCCCCAUGCCCGCCCGGACCACCCCAGAUCCCAAACUAACCAGGGAAGUGGCAGAGAGUCCCCGACCCCGGCGCUGGGCAGCCCAUGGGGCUUCACCAGAGGACUUCUCUGUGACGCUGGGGGCGCGGGGCCGUAGGACACGGAGCCCCUCACCCACACUAGGGGAGUCCCUGGCACCCCGCAAGGGCAGCUUCAGUGGCAGGCUGAGCCCGGCUUAUAGUCUGGGCUCGUUGACUGGGGCUUCACCCCACCAGAGCCCCCGUGCCCAGAGGAAGCUCUCCAGCGGGGACUUGCGGUUGCCUGUCACUCGGGAGCGGAAAAAUAGCAUCACAGAGAUCAGUGACAACGAGGAUGACCUCCUGGAGUACCACCGGCGGCAGCGCCAAGAGCGGCUUCGGGAGCAGGAGAUGGAGAGGCUGGAACGACAGCGCCUGGAGACCAUCCUGAAUUUAUGCGCCGAGUACAGCCGGGCCGACGGGGGACCUGAGGCCGGGGAGCUGCCCAGCAUCGGGGAGGCCGCCGCAGCCUUGGCUCUGGCCGGCCGGAGGCCCUCACGAGGCCUUGUGGGGGGCACUGGGGCCUCUGCGCGGAGCAACGAGGAGCCUGGAGGUGCCACCCAAUGCCUGUGGGAGACUGUGGAGCGCUCGGAUGAGGAGAAUCUCAAGGAGGAGUGCAGUAGCACGGAGAGCACCCAGCAGGAGCACGAAGAUGCACCUAGUGCCAAGCUCCAGGGAGAGGUGCUGGCCCUGGAAGAGGAGCGGGCUCAGGUGCUGGGGCGAGUGGGGCAGCUGAAAGUCCGGGUGAAGGAGCUGGAGCAGCAGCUGCAGGAGUCGGCCCGAGAGGCUGAAAUGGAGCAGGCACUGCUGCAGGGGGAGAGGGAAGCAGAGCGCGCGCUGCUGCAGAAGGAGCAGAAGGCGCUGGACCAGCUGCAGGAGAAGCUGGUGACCUUGGAGACGGGCAUCCAAAAGGAGAGGGACAAGGAGAGGGCGGAGCUGGCCGCGGGACGGAGGCACCUGGAGGCCCGCCAGGCGCUCUACGCCGAGCUCCAGACGCAGCUCGAUAACUGCCCCGAGUCAGUGCGGGAACAGUUACAGGAGCAGCUGAGAAGGGUCAGUUUCACCAGCCCCCGCCCCCUCCCCGCCCCCGAGGGCCGCCCGCCCGGAAGAGAGGAGCGGUGGGCCGGGACCGCCUGGGCCCUGCAGUACCUGCCGGACGACAGGGAGGCAGAAGCCCUGGAGACUGAGACAAAGCUCUUUGAAGACUUGGAGUUCCAGCAGCUGGAGCGGGAGAGCCGCGUGGAGGAGGAGCGCGAGCUGGCUGGCCAAGGGCUGCUCCGGAGCAAGGCCGAGCUGCUCCGGAGCAUCGCCAAGAGGAAGGAGCGCCUGGCGGUCCUGGACAGUCAGGCUGGGCAGAUCCGGUCCCAGGCUGUGCAAGAGUCAGAACGCCUAGCCCGGGAUAAGAAUGCCUCCCUGCAGCUGCUGCAGAAGGAGAAGGAGAAACUGGCUAUGUUGGAAAGAAGAUACCACUCUCUCACAGGGGGCAGGGCUUUCCCGAAGACCACGUCGACCCUCAAAGAGUACGUGACGCUUGAGCAGCUAAAGGCCAUGUGGGGCACCUCGCCUGUGCCCGCAGCACCCGCGCCAGGCCUGCCUCCCUGGGCCCCUGCCUCCCAGGACCUGGUUCCCACCACCUGCCUUCUUCCCGCGCUGCCCUCUUCCUCCUCCUUCGCUUCUAUCCCGCCUUCAGCCCAGAUGGAGAAGCUGCUGCUCCCCGCUGUAGACUUAGAGCAGUGGUACCAGGAGCUGAUGGCCGGGCUGGGGACCGGCCCCGCUGCAGCCUCCCCUCGUUCCUCCCCCCCGCCUCUGCCCGCCAAAGCUUCCCGUCAGCUGCAGGUUUACCGCUCCAAGAUGGAUGGUGAGGCCACUAGCCCCUUGCCCCGGACCCGCAGCGGCCCCCUCCCCUCUUCCUCUGGCUCUUCCUCCUCCUCCUCCCAGCUCAGCGUGGCUACCUUGGGCCGUAGCCCCUCCCCAAAGAGCACUCUACUCGCCCAGAAUGGCACAAGCAGCCUUCCUCGCAACCUGGCAGCCACGCUGCAGGACAUUGAGACCAAGCGCCAGCUGGCCCUCCAGCAGAAGGUCGAGUCGCUUCCUGCCGAGCCCCUCCCAACUGACGACCCAGCAGGGCAGCAGGUGAUUGAGGAGCAGCGGCGGCGGUUGGCUGAGCUGAAGCAGAAGGCGGCGGCCGAGGCGCAGUGCCAGUGGGACGCCCUGCACGGGGCCGCGCCCUUCCCGGCCGGGCCCUCGGGCUUCCCGCAGCUCCUGCAUCACUCCAUCCUGCACCACCUGCCGGUGUCCAGGGAGCGAGGGGAGGAGGGCGAGCAUGCCUACGACACACUGAGCCUGGAGAGCUCAGACAGCAUGGAGACCAGCAUCUCUACGGGGGGCAACUCGGCCUGCUCCCCCGACACCAUGUCCAGUGCCAGCGGCCUGGAUGUGGGGAAGACGGAAGAAAUGGAGAAGGUGCUGAAAGAAGCCCAUGCGGAGAAGAGCCGGCUCAUGGAGUCGAGGGAGCGGGAGAUGGAGCUGAGGCGGCAGGCCCUGGAGGAGGAGCGGAGGCGGCGGGAGCAGGUGGAACGGAGGCUGCAGGGCGAGAGCACCCGGAGGCAUCAGCUCGUGGAGAAGGAGGUCAAGAUGCGGGAGAAGCAGUUCUCGCAGGCACGACCCCUGACCCGCUACCUGCCGAUCCGGAAGGAGGACUUUGACCUGAAGACCCACAUUGAGUCCUCAGGCCACGGUGUGGAUACCUGCCUGCAUGUGGUGCUCAGCAGCAAGGUCUGCCGUGGCUACUUGGUCAAGAUGGGUGGCAAGAUUAAAUCAUGGAAGAAGCGCUGGUUUGUCUUCGAUCGACUCAAGCGCACCCUUUCCUAUUAUGUGGACAAGCAUGAGACGAAGCUGAAAGGGGUCAUCUAUUUCCAGGCCAUCGAGGAAGUGUACUAUGACCACCUGCGCAGUGCAGCCAAGAAGAGGUUUCUCAGCUUCACUAUGGUGUCUGAGAGCCCAAACCCGGCCCUCACCUUCUGUGUGAAGACCCACGACCGGCUGUACUACAUGGUGGCCCCGUCCGCAGAGGCCAUGCGCAUCUGGAUGGAUGUCAUCGUCACCGGGGCGGAGGGCUACACCCAGUUCAUGAACUGACCGAAUGGGCCUCGUGGACCCUCAGGCCGGCCCAGGACCCAGGCCCAACUGCCUGCUGCUCCACUCGCCCCUGGAGACAGUCACGCCCUGGGCCUCAGGCCUCACACAAGUGCUCCCAGAGGCCCUGGAGGGCGGAGCAUGACUGGGGUUUUGUACAAGAAGUGACUUUGUAAUGUUCUGUAAGGAGCUCGUCCUGUGAGUUUCUGAGCUCCGGCCCCCUAAAGAACCAGCCAGGAGAUAAAAGUUGGGGAGGGGGCUUUGCUGCCUCCUGGGAGCCCAGAACUUGCAAUAACCCUUCAGGGUCCUGCCCCAGGCCCAGCCAGGCUGAGGAGCUGUCACAGAGGGGCCCCUCCGCUCUGACCUGGCACCUGUGCUCCCCAGCCUGUGUUCUCUUUUGUAAAGGACUAAUUAUGGUACCAGAAGCUGCCAAAGAUCCCCUCUUGCCUCAGCCCCCUUUGCAGGGGCCUUGGGGGCUGAGCAGAGCCACAUUCAGAGUGGGGUAACAGCUCAGGCGGUGUACUUCUCAAACCCCGCUCUACCCCAUUGUUGUCCUGCGUUUAUAUUUUUUAUUACUUUGCUGAAGGGCCAGAGACCGGAAGUGUCAUCCUUGAGGUCCCAGCUCUAUCACCUUUUUACAGACCCAUCACCAUGGUCACCACAGUGACGGCUUCAUCGCCAUGGUUACAUACUAAUUGCCGUGGCUCCGUGGCUCAGCCCACUGCUUCGGCGGUGGGCCCGUCUGAGGGUAUGUGCCAUGUUCUCUCCAGCCCAGGCCCUUGGGCAUCUCCUGCUGGGGGGAAGGGACUGAACACCUUCUCCCUGCCCCCUGCCUGCGUCUCCAGGCCCUGAUACACAGCCUGCUGGCUCCCCUGUCCAGCCCUCCGCCUUCCACUCGUGCCUUGCUGAGAGCCAGAAGGGGUGAAGCUGGGAACUACAGACCAGAGGAGGAGCCAUUGGAUGGGAGAAGAAGCUAGAAGGCUGUCUUUGGGGUUCUGUUAUAGGGCUGAGUUUCUGACACAGGGUUGUUCAGAUUCUCCCUGAUGGAAGUCCUGAGCAGGAGAGGAAGCAGCAGAGGGGGGUGCCCUGAGGUCUGGUUGCCCUCCCUGCAGCCUCAGAAGGGGGAUGAAAUGGAGAGCAGAGGACCAGGCCUCCAGCUGUCUGUGCUCAGCCCUUUCCGCCUUAACACUAAGCCCACCUCCCUGUCCCCCUUCCCAGCCCUGGGCCAUGGUUGCUGGGUCCAGGCUGGAUGUUUUUCAGUAUUUGUAAGCAUCUCAGCAGAACAAUAAAGCAUUUGGACUAUG